AUGUCAGUUAUCAAAUUCACAACAGCAGUGCUCCACACCCCACCUACCCUCACCGCCACCCCCAUCCCCACUCUCCAACCCCCACCGCGAAACCCAGCCACCCCUACCUUCAACGCCACCCCCCAUCCCCAGUCCCCCACCCCACCAGUCCCAUCCCAACCCACGCUGCCACCCCCAGCCCCAACUGCACACCUCCCGGCCCUACUCCGCACCUUCACUGCUACCACCGCAAUCCACGACACCCACACCACUCACACCUCCACCCCUACCCCACCCCCACCACUGAAGCCGCCACACCCAGCCCCAGCUCUACAUGUUUCCACCCCCACUUUGCACCUUCACCGCACGCCCGCAAUCCACGACACCUACAGCACUCACACCUCCACCCACGGCACCCGCACCUCCACCUCCACCUCCACCCCGCUCCCUCACCACCAACCUGGCAAUCCAUGGCACCACUAG